UGAAUCUCUUAAUAGGCUGACACUUUUCGGUUUGGAAAGCAGUCCGUGAUUUCUCUAGCUUUAAUUAAUUAAUGUAUUUAAUUUAAUUUUAUGUAUUUAUUUAUUUAGGUUUUUAUUUUUUUGUUGUAGUUAAAUAUCCUCGACUUCUGUGCCUUCAGGAAAAAUGGACGUCAGUGAAGUUUUGGAAGGGGAGAAAGUCUUGAAUUUAUCCAGACUGAAUUUGGAUAACUUGGAUUUAGAUCAUGUGGGCGAGGAAAGGAAACGGGACACUCAACAGCUGUUUCUGGUUUACAACAGAUUUAUUGUGCUUCCUGGUUCGAUCUGUCACUUUUCGAACCUAGUCUUUCUUGACAUCAGCUGCAACAGACUGGCUUUUAUUUGCGAGGAAAUCCUCCGGCUUUCCAAGCUCAAGACCCUCGUUGCAAAAAACAAUAGGCUGAAUGAGUUCUCCCUUCCAAAGGACUUCGGGACCAUGUCCCUGGAGGUGCUUAACUUCAGUGGGAACAGAUUUGAGGAGUUCCCAAGCGAGUUCCUCAAUCUACAAAGACUCCAGUCCCUCUCUCUGGGAGGAAACAGACUCAAAUCAAUCCCCACAGAAAUAGAACAAUUAACAAGCCUGGAGCUGCUCUACCUAGGGGGAAAUUCCAUUACUUCUAUUCCUACAGAGCUUGCAAAUCUCCCCUACCUCAGCUACCUGGUACUGUGUGACAACAGAAUACAGAGCAUCCCUCCACAGCUAGCACAGAUGAACUCUUUACUAUCCCUGAGCCUCCAUAACAACUUGCUCACUUAUCUUCCACGCGAGAUUCUCAGCCUGUUCCAACUGCAGGAGCUCAGUCUCCGUGGCAACCCACUGGUUGUGCGGUUUGUCAAAGAUAUGACCUAUGACCCUCCUUCACUCUUAGAGCUGGCAGGACGCACGGUCAAAUCCCGAAAUCUCCCUUACAAGCCAGAGGACUUGCCAGGGAACCUCAUCAGGUACCUGGAUUUGGCCAGCAAGUGCCCCAACCCAAAAUGUGGAGGUGUCUACUUCGACUCCUGUGUGCGUCACAUCAAGUUUGUAGAUUUCUGUGGCAAGUAUCGUCUCCCCCUGAUGCACUACCUGUGCUCCCCGGAGUGCUCCUCUCCCUGCAGCUCCAACCCGCAGAGCGACGCCGAUUCGGAGGACGAGAGCAGCGUCCCAGCGCACAGAAUGCAGAAAGUGCUGCUCGGCUAAGUUACACCAGACUCUCAAUGGGAGGGGGAGGGGGGUCUGCUACCACCACCGAACUCACUUGAUGUUCCAGUUUUUUAGCGCUGCCUUUGCUAUUGUGUUACAGUCAUUCAUUUUUUUUCCUCCCAUAAAAUGUAUUUAGUUUUUUCUCUAAGAACAGUUUGAGUGAGUUUGAUGGGUAACAAACUGUUUUUUUUUUUUUUUUUUUUGUUUGUUUGUUUUUUUUUUGUUUUUUAAAGUAACAUUUCAAGCAGG